AUGCGGCGGGCCGACCCCUCCGCCAAGGCCCUCAUCUUCUCCCAGUACGUCACCACCAUCGAGUGGCUCAAGACGCGCCUCACCCAGGCCGGCUUCGGCUACCGCUUCAUCUCGGGAUCCAUGCCGCUCAAGCAGCGCGCCAAGGCCAUCAACGCUUUCCAGCAGGACCCGCCCACCACGGUCUUCCUGCUCAGCAUGCGCAGCGGCAGCGUGGGCAUCAACCUCACCGCCGCCUCCCAUGUCUUCCUUAUGGAGCCGGCACUCAACCCGGCCCUGGAGGAGCAGGCCAUCGGCCGCGCCUGGCGCAUGGGCCAGCAGCGCACGGUGACGGUCAAGAAGUUUUACGUCAAGGCGAGC